GCAAUAAACAAACAGGUUCGUGGCUAAGGCUGUGUGGAGAUUACUGAAGCGCCUCAGGCACCGUAACUUGAUCCCCAACAAACAGGAAAACGGCGGGCAAGCAUACCCAACUCUGGGAAUACAGUACAAGAAACGAAAGGGAAAAGAAAGUACAGUAGACAUCUCUUCCUAGCAAGCCGGAAACGGAAGUAGUAGGGGGAGGCGGGCGUGCAAACGCUUCCGGCGGAAAUGUCGUUCGGCGCAGCUUCUCGGGCUUACCCGUCGCGAGCCUUCUCCUCCUUCCCGGCGGCUCAUUGCGCGUCAAAGGCGAGGGGCGGAAAGGGAAGGGAGCCUCCGCCGGGUCCUCGCCGAGGGGCUCCCGCUGCUUAGACGGGCCCUCAUCCCAGUUCCUCUGCUUCCGGCGGUGGCGGCGCUAACGAGGGAGAGAGAGCGAAAGACCGACCCCGGGACUUCCAGCCAGGAGAAGCCUCAACGGACGUGGCGGAGGCGGUGCCACCGCCGCCGGUUGUAACGCCGAGAGCCGCGGGAGAAACCGUGGGGCGCUUUUUCUGACGAGGCUCCCCCAAGUCUCCUCAGCCCGUCUCUGGGCCCCGCAGUGCGGGGGUUGGGGUUGGGGGUCGCGGGUGGAGGGCGGCGGGGGCGGCAGCAGGAGGAGUUGAGGCCCCCCCACACACACACCCGAGGACUCCCGCUUCGCCUCCCCCUCAGCUUGGCCCGCCCCCGUCCUGCCCCCUUGGCCGGUCUCCGGGCGACGGCUCUAACCCCCCUCCCCGGGCGGACUCUCGCGACCCCAGCAUGGCCUCUUCGUCCGGCAACGACGACGACCUGACCAUUCCCCGGGCGGCGAUCAAUAAGAUGAUCAAGGAGACGCUGCCCAACGUGCGAGUGGCCAACGACGCCCGGGAACUGGUAGUGAACUGCUGCACCGAGUUCAUCCACCUGAUCUCCUCCGAGGCCAACGAGAUCUGCAACAAGUCCGAAAAGAAAACCAUCUCCCCGGAGCACGUAAUCCAAGCACUAGAAAGUUUGGGGUUUGGUUCCUAUAUCAGUGAAGUAAAAGAAGUCUUACAAGAAUGCAAAACAGUAGCACUAAAAAGAAGAAAGGCCAAUUCACGUUUGGAAAAUCUUGGCAUUCCUGAGGAAGAGCUCCUAAGGCAGCAACAAUUGUUAAUUGCACAAGCGAAACAGCAGCAGGCAGAGCUGGCUCAUCAGGAGUGGCUACAGGUGCAACAAGCAGCCCAGCAAGCUCAACUCGCCGCUGCCUCAGCCAGUGCCUCCAACCAGGCAGGAUCUUCUCAAGAUGAGGAUGAUGAUGAUGACAUCUGAAGAUUUUCCCGGCUGGAUUGUGACCCUUUCAAAGAAUAUUUGUCCUACACAACAAAACCAGUGAAAUGAAUGCUUGCCUGUAACUUUGUCUGCAACUCGGACCGGCCAUUGGUAUUUUAGGGAUGUCUCCUGUUGUGUGCUGUACAUGUCAAAACUGUCUCUUUGAACUCUUGGAGAUUUAAGGUUCAGUAUCAUAUCAACUUUGGAUUUUUAAAUGGUGUUUAUGGAAAUUUUAGAUAGGUGUGUGUCAUUUAUUUGAUCAGCAAACAGUGUUACAAUAAAGUUUAUAAAAUAUAGCAGAAUUUAUACAGAGGCUCUAAAUUCACAUUUGCAUCUCUCUUCCCUUUUAACCACAAAAUCUUAUGUAAAAUUUUUAAUUUGUUUCUUUUUGGAAUGGGUGAGGCAUUCACUCUGCUUUGAGUAGAAAAAAAUAAAGAGAUCAGCAUACUUUGAUCUUAAUUCCUCGUCUUUUAAAAUAAGAGAUCAAGCUGUGGCAAUAAAUAUAUGCUCGAGUACCAUCCAUCUGAAAUGAUACAUUUUUGCCAGACCAGGAAAAUGUAUAUUUAAUAGGAAUUGUACAAAUUCAGUUUUUUUUUUUUUGUAUGGGGUUAAAAAAAUAAAAUAAAACCCGAGAAUUUACUAUGGUAUCCAUUCAGUAUCGUGAAAAAAAUGAAUUUUUUGUUUCAAACAUUGCCAUCUUGUGGAACUAAAACUAUCCUUGAUUCACGACAGUUUAAUUUUAACUCUAGAUGAGAUUACAUACAUAGUCUAAACAAGUUUAUUGUCAUAGUGUUUGAGUGGAAAGGUGGGGUUUGGUAGGACAGAGUUUUUUGAAUUCAGUUUUCAUUGGGAAAUACGUCAGGCCUAGGACAGCAAAUGAUAAAACUGAGGAGCAUAUUCAUAGUGAUAGGAAUCUUUAUUUAACCCCAGUUACUUAUUGUUGGCACAAUAUUAACAGUUUUCAGACUGGUGUGGCACUAGGUAAGCUUUAUCUUGUGAAACUGACAGUUUCUACCCUCAAGUACUAGUUUUAGGUGAUCAGAUUCCACAAUUAGCUUGGUAACUGAGCCCAUAGAUUGACCAACAACCUAAAUGAAGAAGAAAUUAAUUUGGGAUGUGAUGAAAAUAGAUUUUGCUUUUCUACAGCUGCGCUUAAAUACAUAUUUGUGUUGAAAUCAAGAACAUUUUCAAAUACAAAAAUAUACUUGAAGAUCCAUCAACUUAUUUUUCUGGUACUUUCUUUUGACGGAAGAAGAUAGAUUCUCAUGGCUUGCAUAUUAAUACAUUAUCAGCAUUAGCAAACUGCAAAGAUGUUAGAUGUUUUAAUAUGGCCUUGAUGGCCAUUAAAGAUUGUAUGCAAGAUCAGUUUGGUAAAAAGUCUUGUCUGAAGUGGAGAACUAAACUGGAUAUCAAAUUAAGAUCUUGAAGUGCAGUUAAAGUUAAAGAGGGUUCAUCUGCAGUAACUUGUACCCUAAUAUGUAUGCUGGUGGAUGAGAGAUAUGUUAGUUUGAAUUUUAAGCUGAAACUUAAGCAGGAAAAGUAUUGGAACAAGAUCUGAUUAAAGAUCUAGUCUUUAUGAAGGUUGAAGUACCAAAGGUAGAAACACUAGGCUAGAGAAACCAUGUUAAUGUGCAGUGUUGGCUUUUCUAAUUUGUACUGUAACACCCUUACCCUUCAUCUUUUAAAUGAUUAUUUUUAUUUCUUUUUAAGCAAGCAAAACAGAUACACUUUCACACUUUAUUUUUUUCUGAUGCAGAAUUCAGGUUAAUAUUUAACUGCAUCUGGUAUGUAUAAUAAUAUGUUUGAAUCCCUGUGACCUUUCCGUUGGAUAUUGAUGUGCUUUUUCAUAUGCUGUACUCCUUGAGCAAUAAAAUUCAAAUGUGUUUUUAUA